CCGGCACCAUGCGGAACGGCGAUGGCUCGGAUACCACGACUGAACAUCAGAGAGAGCAGAAGCUCAAGAAGUCCUUGGGAAAUAAGAAAUCUAAGCAACUUGAGGAGGUGGAAACUGCUGUUCUAGGAGCGAACAGUAACUGUGAUGACACAGUCAGCAGCAUUCCUCCUGCCUCACCGAAGGGCCCAGUGAACGGGAGCGCAGAACCCAGAAGCAAGCGGACCAUUCGCAGGCCUGCUUACUGGUUGGAAAUGAGAGGAAUGAAAAACAGUGUUAACAAAUCUUCAGAAAAAACAGGAGAAGUACUAUUGAAAGGCAAGAGGAAAUCUGAGCAAAGGGAAGGCAAAGACGUUAAAGACUCUCCCAGGAAGAAGCAGAAGACUUCCGGUAAAAAACAGCAAACUGGAACAAAACAAAACUCCAGAACGAAAGGCCACCGUGUUCAGAAAGAGCCUGAAACCUAUGACAUAGGUAGUAUGGAAGAGCAAUGGUCUUUGGAGAUUCAGAACAAAGGCCGAGUUACCUGUCCAACAUGCCGGGCUGUGGUGAGAAAGACUGUAGAAGGACUGAAGAAACAUAUGGUAAAUUGCAGGAAGGAAAUGUUCACAUGUCAUCACUGUGGGAAGCAGCUGAAGUCUUUAGCAGGGAUGAAAUACCAUGUCAUGGCAGACCAUAACAAUCAGCCAAUUGUAAAGGAGGGAGAAGAACUGGAUGAGCAGCUUGAGCGAGACCGCCUCCGGAAGGUUUUGAAGCGAAUGGGAAAACUAAAGUGUACAAGGGAGGGUUGCACAGGCAGCUUCACCAGCAUAAUGGGAUACCUAUAUCAUAUUAAAAAAUGUGGGAAGGCUGCUUCUGAGCUGGAGAAAAUGGCUAUGAAGUGCCAUCACUGUGGGAAAGCAUACAGAUCAAAGGCAGGACUUGUCUACCACCUCCGAUCUAAGCACGGGCCGGUCACUUUGCUCCAUGAGGAGAGAAGAACAGAGAACCUGAAAGAAAUGAAACGGGAGCAAAACAACACAGGCAGAGUUCAGAGAAGAUCUGCAAAGGUGGCAAUCUACUAUCUCCAUGAGCUGGCAGGAGAAGAGCUAGCCAAAGAGUGGCCCAAAAGAAAAGUUCUGCAGGACUUGAUUCCAGAUGACCGGAAGCUGAAAUACACUCGUCCUGGACUGCCCACGUUUAGUCAAGAUGUGCUGUGCAAAUGGAAAACAGAGAUAAAGAUGUACCGAAGAGUCCACUGCCCAAAUCAGGGUUGUGAAUCUGUGUAUGGCAGUGUCUCAGGACUCAAGUCUCACCUUGGCACAUGUACCUUGGGAGACUUUGUGGCUGGUAAAUACAAGUGUCUCCUGUGUGAAAAGGAGUUCAUUUCAGAGAGUGGGGUCAAGUAUCACAUCAACUCUGUGCAUGCUGAGGACUGGUUUGAUAUGAACACAACGACCACCAAAAGCUUUGAGAAGCUAAUGAAAAUUCGCCAAAAGGAAGAGCAGAGGAAGCAACGGAAGAAACGUCCUUUGAGCAGAGGCAGAAAGAAGAGAGCUGGCACCCUGGCUGCCAAGAAGCUCCCUGCUGUUGGAGUUGAAAAAAUGAAGAGAAGGAAGAGAGGUCGUCCACGACGAGUGGACAACGAGAAUGCGAGCAGCGAGGAAGGGGGACCCCAAGUUGCACAGACAGCUGAAGUUCCAAAAACCAGCCGCAAACGAAGGCGAAGUAAAUCCCUAGAAGAUGAGAAGGAGUAAUUUGAAAGCUUUUCCGUUACAAGCCCCACUUCUGUCAGGCUCAUAACCCACAGCACUAAUAUAAGCAACUAAAUGUCUUUGGGACUGUGACUCAAGUCUGCGGGUGACUUUGAUACUGAAACUUCUGUGUCUGGUCAAUUGUGAGGAAUACAAACCAAAGCUGUGGUGCAGAGGCUGGUUCUGCUGGUGUAGUUCUUUGGACAAUGGCACCGACAGUGUACCCAGUGUGAUUCCUGCUCUGGUUGCAGUCUCAGUUUGGUCAUACUAGUUGCUUGUUUAGUGGUUUCCAGUACAGCAAGUGUCUGUUUUGUCAUCUUCCUCUGACGUGUGAGAUCAGGAUUCUUUUUUACAGUUCUUCUCAUAAGGGACUGACUAGCACAAUGUUUAGGUCUCUUCAAGGGGGAAAUCCUUUCUUGCACAGAAUGCACACAAACUAAACAUGAAAACAGUGCUGUGCAGAACACAAAGACUCUGGCUUGCCCUGUCACUCUCCUGUCUGUUGUCAGCAAGGCUGCCACAAAAGAGACCUUUUCAGUGUUUGCUGCAUCCUGUUGCACAAGGCUCUAUUUCAUACACCAGUAGUUAGGCUCAGCACCAUACAGCAGCACAUCUACUUGGAAGGGAUGGAAGGUCAUUAUUACCCUUGUCAGGAGCCUGCUGUUCCUCUGGCAUCUGUCUCCUGUGAUGCUGGACAUUAAAGAUUUCUAGAAAGUCUUCCAGUGCUGCAAGGACUGAAUGCUCUCAAGCCCUUUGGAGAUUCACCAGCCUUUCAGAGCCCCCAGUAACGAAUGUAUGAGGUGGCCUUUGUGUGCACUCUGAAGCCCACUUGUUUCAUGCUUACCUGGGAAACAUACUGCAAGACAGUGCAUACCUACGUGAGCAGCC